CGGAGAGGGCGAGCUCCGCCGGUGCCCGGGCGGCGCUCUGGUGAGGCGGGCGCUGCUGCCGGGCGCCGCGGCGGCUGGUGCGGCUGCGGGCGGAGCAGUGAUGCCGGCUGCGGGGCGGCGUACGGCAGCGGGAGCCCAGCGCGGAACGGUGUGCGCCCAGGCGGGCGAGGGCGGCGAGCGCGGCCGGUUUAUCAAUAUACAGUCUGAACUGGUUUCAUAUGUGACAAGGAGGCAAGCAAACAGUGGAGAAUGGCAGUAGAUAUGAUGCAGAUAAUCAAGAAAGGAAAAUUACGGACAAAAAGACAGAGCAGUUUCUAAAAAAACAGAUUGCACACUUCAAAAGAAUACCAUAAAGGCUCAUCAUCUUAAUCAAUUAUUGAUUACACCUUGGGGACUUGCCACUGAUUCCACUUGAUGCUGCUUUUAAAAUGACUUUUAUGCAGUCUACUUGGAUGCUGAUCUUUACAUGGAAAUAACCGAAAAUUCCAAGAAAUGGAAGCCCCUGCUAGUAAAAGAAGAAACGCUGAGUAUCAUCAGGGCUAAUAGCUCCUAUGUGAGAUCCAUGAAUGAUUACAGAGUUACUUUUCUAUAUCGAACUUUCAAGUUUCAUUAAUAGUAUGGUGCCUCUCCAGAACACAGAUGCAUUCAUGGUACGAAGACUAUUUAUUCAUCACAUGAAAUAGAAGAGCUAGAGGAACAAUGGCUUCAAAGGUCUCAUGCUUAUACGUUUUGACAGUAGUUUGCUGGGCAAGCGCUCUUUGGUACUUAAGUAUAACUCGUCCUACUUCUUCUUACACUGGCCACAGACAGCUCAGUAGCAUAUCGAUAGCCAGAAAAAACGUUUCAUUUGGCAACAUAAGAACUCGACCUAUAAAUCCACAUUCCUUUGACUUUCUUAUCAAUGAACCCAAUAAAUGUGAGAAGAGCGCCCCUUUCUUGGUUAUUCUUAUCAGCACAACUCACAAAGAGUUUGAUGCAAGGCAAGCCAUCCGAGAAACAUGGGGAGAUGAAAACAACUUUAAAGGAAUUAAAAUCGCCACACUAUUUCUCCUCGGAAAAAAUGCAGAUCCUGUGUUAAAUCAAAUGGUAGAGCAGGAAAGCCAAAUAUUUCAUGACAUUAUUGUGGAGGAUUUUAUUGACUCUUAUCAUAACCUCACUCUGAAAACACUGAUGGGGAUGAGGUGGGUAGCUACAUUUUGUUCAAAAGCAAAGUAUGUUAUGAAGACAGACAGUGAUAUUUUUGUAAAUAUGGAUAAUCUUAUUUAUAAGCUGCUGAAACCUAACACCAAGCCAAGGAGAAGGUACUUCACUGGUUAUGUUAUAAAUGGAGGACCAAUAAGAGAUGUUCGCAGCAAGUGGUACAUGCCGAGAGAUUUGUAUCCCGACAGCAAUUACCCACCCUUCUGUUCAGGCACCGGCUACAUUUUUUCAGCUGAUGUAGCAGAACUGAUUUACAAAACCUCCCUUCAUACCAGACUACUUCAUCUUGAAGAUGUGUACGUUGGACUCUGUCUUCGGAAACUGGGCAUUCACCCCUUCCAAAACAGUGGCUUCAAUCACUGGAAAAUGGCCUACAGCUUGUGCAGGUACCGCAGGGUGAUCACAGUGCACCAGAUAACACCAGAAGAAAUGCACAGAAUUUGGAAUGACAUGUCCAGCAAGAAACAUCUUAGAUGUUAAGAUUUUUACAGAUGUAAAUACCUUUUUUGUUUUGUUUUGUUUAGUCUGGUUAUUUUUUGACAAAGUGAUCUGCUGAUUUACAGGUUAAACUAUGGGAUAUUAACUGUGAGAGGAUUUUUAACGACUGGUUUUUCAUUCUCAUUUUGACUACUGGUUUACAGACUUCAGGCUCUUUUCAUAAGGACAUUACACCAACCAAAAGGAUCUAGAGUCAAAUCUCAGAUUUUGUGUAUUUUCCUCCAUUACAUAUAUCAGCUCCUGCAUCUGUAUGUAAAAGGACAGUAAUAAACUAUUAUGAGCUGCUUAACAGUUCAUGCCCCAGCCUCUGAGAUAAGACUCUGGCCCUCAGAAAUGAAGAAUUACAAACAUACUUUUAUUCCUUUUUUGACACCCUACAACCAUCUCUAGAGCUUUGUUAAUAAAUUGAGCGGUAUACAUUUGCACUGACCUUAUACACCUACCUUGACAUGUAUAUUUUAUAGUACAAUGUGUGCAAUUCCCAAACAGCUUACUGAUGUAUAAUAGCAUAUUUUACACAGGUAAGAACAUCAAAGUCUCAUAGGCCUUAGAAACACAUCCACAAACUUAAGUACAUUUUUAUCUACCAAAUGGCAUUCCUUUAAAUUAUUUCAGAAGAUACCUGGUUUCUUUCCGCUGCCUAAAGUAGCCCCUAAAAGAUCUAAUGCAAUUUUAAAAUUAAGUAGAAUGUGUAGAUGAAAUAAGACAGGAGGUGUAUGAAAAACUACCUUAAAAAUAUGUGAGAAAAGUAUGAAUAUCCUUUAACUUUUAAUUUCAAAGCAAGUGCAAUGUUUCUCAUUAGUAUCAGUGGAUCUCUCCAUUAAGCAUCUUGCACAGCAGUAUAUAAUUACAUUGAAUGAUGUAAGUGUCAAUAAGCAGCAUAUUUCUUUAACAUCAGUCAGCACACUAUUUACCUAAAAAAAAAGUAACACAAAAGCAGCUUUUUAAGGGUAAACUCUACUUUUUGCUACGGUACAUAUAUGAAUAAGACUCUACCAGAUUUUUAAUGGUGUAGGAAAGUAGAAUUUUGUCCAAUAAAAGAAUGCAAUCUAUUUUCUGUUGAUUGGGCGGGGUACAUAACAGUUACAUACAACUUUCACAGCAAAAUAGAAGAAUCACCUAUUUUUUUAAGAAUCACCUAUUAAACAAAUUGUAGCCUUUGUUCCAAAUCUGCAGCUCCCAGGUUACUCAUCACAGAGCCAAUACUCUCUGAGGUCCUGCUUAAGAUAUCUGCAGAGCAUGUAACAGAAAUCAAAUACACAAUAUUCUAUUCAUGUUUCAUAAUGUUUUUUUGAAUACAAAUGUUAAUGAAAUGUCUUGAAAAUUAUUUCCUGGAAAAUUCCUUGAUAAAUUCAAGGUAUCUCUGUUCAGCACCAUCAUCUAACAAAGCUAAAAUAUGACACUGCUCAGCAAAUAACUUGGAAUGAAGAAUUCACGGACAAAUUACAAAGAUGUAAAACUCACCAAAUAUACUGUUAGCUGUAGAUUACUCACACUGUUCACUGCACACACAAAAGUCUCUUUCAUUUCAGCUGACAUUACGUGUAACACAUGAAAAACUGUUAAAUCUGUACGUCAUUCAGGAUGUCUGUGAAGUUGUCAGAAAUUAAUUGAAUAAGAAUUUAAAGGAAAACUCUGACCUGAUUUUGCCGUAGGUGUACAUAGCACUUUACAACAGUAAAUGAAUGAAGAGGCUAUCCAAAAAGGUUUGCAGUUUCAUGACAAAUUUUUAGUCUUAUGCACAGAUACAGAACUACUCUUUUGAAAGGAACUACCUGUAAGGUAAAGUGUACCUGGCCUUCAAGCCACAAGCAGUAGUUGUCUCAAACAAAUCUACUUCAGACCUAAAGGUGAAGCUUCACAACAGUCAGCCCAGGAGGAGUUACUGCUAAUCGACAGGAGGUUGUGCACCCUUCAUAAAUGAAAAUCGGUGAUUUUAUACAAAACUACUGAAUGUCUUACAGCAUAAUUGAGAUUUAUCCUUCCCUAGUUGACCUAGUCCUGUUAAAGUUGCUCCUGUCAAACUCAGAACUCUAGCUAAACAAGGUCCAACUAAUUGUAUAGAUGAAUAUUCAACACACACACACACUGACAGGGUGAAGUUCGGCUUUCCUUAGCCAAGCCCCAAAAUAUGCUUGUUUAGGAAGGGAAAUUAGAGUGGAAUUCAUCCCCAGCUCCAGGGUAAGUCAGACAGCAUAGAUGCCAUCCUAUCAGAAACACACUUUGCAAUAAUUUCAACCCACAGGCUGCAAUCACUUCUGCUAUCCCUCUGCAGCAAUUUGGGGUUUCUGAAUCAGCAACUGAAUGGAUCUGGUGGCCUUACUUCUCCUGCUGAUGCUUCUGUGGCCUUUGGUUAGUAACCAAGAGGACAGCAGGGCUCCCAAUCCAGAUACUUCAGGGCUCAAGUAGCACGGUAGCCUUGAAUUUCUCCUAGUACUAGUAGACUGCAUUAGUGAUUGGAAGGUACACCUUGAAAAUAGUAUCUGAAAAAAAAAAAAAAAAAAAAAAAAUCUACUUCCUGCCAUUUAUAGAUAGAUCUUCAACAGAAAUGUAAAUGUUCAUCUUGAAACUGAUGUACAUAUUUCUAAGGCAUUUUCUUCUGUAUUCAGCUGUAUAUAUGUGUAGAGUCUGCUUGCUACGUAGUAUUCUGUUAUGCAUGGAGCUGAGUUAGGCAUUAUAUUUGUCCAGUGUUUCAAGAGCCUUAAGCAUGUGUGCCCUAACUUCUGAAUGUACAAGAUUUUUUUUCUUUUAUUGUCAAGUGAUUUUAAAAGAACACAAGAAAAGCCUAAUUUUCUACUUCUAUUAAUUUUCUGAUACUAGGUUUCACUAGCCUGUCACACUUACAUAACAGAUUUUACUAUUUAAUAUUGCAGUAUUGCAACCUGGAGCUAGAAAGGGAGCAAUACGUCUACUCAUAGGGACAGCUUACUGUCCUUUUCACUCAGUAGUAUUUGUACCACAUGGGGUAAACACUGGUAACAAGUGUUUGCAUUAGGCUUCCUUUAAACAAAAGAAAUAUUUAUGUUAUUUAAAGGUCAUUUUGUUUCACUAGGCAUGGGACAAAUGACAACUUGGUUAAGACAUACUAGCUUCUAGUCACUUCAAAAGUGUGACUAUAAUCACAUUUCAAUUCCAAAAGGUACAUGAACAAAUCACAUUGAGAGAAGAAGGUAGGGAGAGAAAUGCCUCUCUUUAGGAGUUUUUCACAAAAACAUUUUUUUUGCUAAAACCAUGAUAGUAUUUAAACAGAAAUCUCGAGGUUCAUUUCCCAUAUUUCCUAAUAAUAACGUUAAGUAUCAAUUUUGAUUCUUUAUUGGGAUUUUUUUUUUGUCUUUAUAAUGUAGACAGCAAUGGCAAUUUGUAAAUGAAGAGUGUAAUUAAUUAGAAAAGCUUGUCAACAGUAACCGAACUUUAGGUGUAUCAUUAUAUAUGACUGGCUGUACUUAUGUAUUUAUUUGUCUAAAUUGUAUAUAUUGUUUUAUCUAUAGUGUCUGUAGGAGUGCAUUCUUUUAGAUUAAAGUAUUAUUUACAGUUUUGUGGGAUUGCCAGCAAAGCUGCUAAUCAAGAUACUAUUUUUUUGUAUCAAUGUCAAAUAAAAAAAAAUUAAGAACAAAAUCAAAUGAAAAAA